CGCCGCCCGCAGGCCUCGCCCGGGACGCCGUUGCUCCCCCGGUCGGCGAGCGGGCUGUCCAAGGACGGAGCCAGCCGGUCGAACUCCCCCCGCGCGCCUCGCCGCCUAACUCGACGGCCUCUUCGAUUCGCGCGCGCCGAGCUCGGCUGGCAGCUCGCCUCAGGCGGGCCAGAGCAGCCCCUCCUUCGAGUCCGUCAACCUCCGCAACCUCCACCCGCACCCGUCCGCGCACCGCGGGUCUCUGAAGCUGAGCGCCCCUGCCCAGCACCAGCUGGGCAUCGACCCCAUCUACUUCAAUGUCGAGCACCAGUGCGCCUUCCACGCGAAGAAGCACGUCUUCCACGACGACCACAGGCCGCGGACGCCGCCGAAGAGCCUGAAGUGGCGGUCCCAGGAGCACUGGGACAGCGCCGCGCUGCAGUCCCCGCUGAAGGUCGGCCACGUCGCGCCCUCGCCCAAGGGGUCUACACUCACCACGGAGAUGUUGACGCACUGCCCGCACACCGCUUUCAGGACUGCUGGCGCAAGAUUUGGCAGUCUCAGGUGAUGUGUCCGAGCGAGUGCAGGGCAAGUAGCCUCGAACGUCGCCCAUGAAGUCUGCCCCUUGGUGGCGUAGUUAGAGUCAUUAUUUUUCUUGGCAUACUCAUCAAGUGAUGCGCCCAGGCUUUAGCGCUCUUUGGGCAUCACUCCUUUUCCAGCAGUUGCGCCCUAGACGAAGUUUUCGCAGCGCUGGACUACUUGGAUGUCUCUCUACACGGAAGCAGGAUCAGGAGGACCCAGGAUUAAUGUGCAGGCGUGUCCGAACAGCCGAGCAUCUUCCGCGUUCAAUCGCACACGGUAUGUUUUGGUCUCGAAGGUCUCGUAUCCAAAACCGUUUCCAUGUUUAGCAUGUUUUGCAAUAUCGAGGCCGUUCGGCCCAUGCUCCUCACUUGCUCGCAUGAUAUACCAGUACCAGGGCGUGUUCAAGCAUGACCAGACGUGGAGCUAUUGAUGAUGUACGGCGAUUGUUGUGAAGCGUCUGUGACACUAUGAGGGCGUAUUUGCGAAGUGGUUGCGAUUAUUGUGAGGAUAUUGAGGCAACACACAAGAGUAACAGUGGAUACAUGAGUACAACUGUGGAUCGUGUGAUUUCUGUGAUGUGCUUGUGGCAACAUGUGAACGCAUUCGUGAAUCAACCUGAUGUGCAAGACCAGUUCUGUUGGUUCCUGGACAUGGUUUUGUACCAGGCAAGGCGCCUUGGAAAAAGAUCCAGAAGUGCGUUGGUUCGUCUCGGGUUGGUGCCUGUGCGCAGCAGCAUUGUUGCCUUCCGUUGGGAGUUGGUAUUGUUGUGCGGUGUUCGUAGAGAGCAGGCGGACGCCUUCAUGUUGACCAUGUAAACGGGUAUCGCGCAUUAAGCAGUUGUUGCGUGUAGACGAACGGGCUAGAACGUAGUGGCGAUACAUUUUUUAGCGAAAGGCGCGAAUUGCAUGCUAGGCAUCAGUCCCCGCAUUGCUGGCUAGAGGAGGCCUGUUUGCACGAGGCGUGCACCAGACUGGCCCAUCACUUGCGUGUGGAGACGCGCGCUAGACAGGCACCCCUGCAUGGGCGCCGCGCUCAUAGGUGCUUGACUUUCCGGCCGCCGCCGGUCCCGUUGCGUCUGCUUCCAGGCUGCGCGGGCCGUGGGCCGGCCAACCUCCAAGGGGUUGCGUCUGGCAGAUGCGCAGGAGGCACCCGUACACCGCACGCCGUGCCUGGCCAGGUCCCGUCCACUCCCCCUUUUUCCCCCGGCAGGUUUGGAACCCAAGGCAUGAAACCCAGACAUGCAGAGUUCUGGGUGCCAAUCUCACCCCCCAAAGGUCGGGUGCGUAGAGGGCGUUUCGCGUGUCGCGCACGGCACAAAGCACCGCUUCAAGUUUUAGUAUGUUCUCUUGAAGAGACCAAUUGAAUCCAGCGUUUACGGUCGCUUCAACAUUUUGCAGCUGCUUAUGCCAGCCAUAUAGUUGUUGCGGCGACAUUUAGCGGCCACAUUUUCUGCACACAGACACGUGCAGCGUACAUUUGUGGCCAUGACGCUACGGUCUGGGAGCGAAGGCCAA